GUGUGAGAGCCCAGGUUGCCGGCGGCUCUGCCAAAUAAAAGGCGCAGAAGCAGUGAGCGGGUGGUUACUCUUGGAGAAGAGACGGAGUGUACGGACCCAGCUUGUGGGUGAGUGGAGCUUCCCUGUCCAGACCAUGGACCCUGAAGUGUCCCUGCUGCUGCAGUGCCCUCCUGGGGGACUGCCCCAGGAGCAGGUAAGGGUGGAGCUGAGCCCAGCCCAUGAUCGUCAGCCACUACCAGGAGUGGACAAGACCAUCGCAGCCAUCUGGGAAAGCCGGCGACAGACCCAGCCCUGGCUCUUCAAUGCCCCGAAGUUCCGCCUGCAUUCAGCCACACUGGCACCCACUGACUCUCCCGGACCACAGCUGCUCCUGCGCCUGGGCCUGACUUCCUACAGAGACUUCCUGGGCACCAACUGGGCCAGCUCAGCCUCCUGGCUGCGACAGCAGGGAGCUAUAGAUCGGAAUGACAAGCAAGCCUAUCUGGCUGACCCACUAGGAGUGGGUGCUAUACUUGUCACAGCGAACAACUUCCUUGUCUUCUUGCGCCGCUCUUGGCAGGUGGCCGAGGCCCCUGGACUGGUGGAUGUUCCUGGUGGGCACCCUGAGCCUCAGGCCCUGUGCCCUGGUGACAACCCCCAACACAAGGACCUCCCGGGGGAGCUGGUGGUUCGUGAGCUGUUCUCCAGUAUCCUGCAGGAGAUCUGUGAUGAGGUGAACCUACCGCUGCACACUCUGAGCCAGCCCUUGCUGUUGGGCAUUGCCGGCAAUGAGACCAGUGCCGGCCGGGCGAGUGCCGAGUUCUACAUCCGGUGCAGCCUGACUUCUGAGGAGGUGAGGAACUACUACCUAGGCGGAGGACCUGAGGCCCACGAGUCUACAGGCAUCAUCUUUGUGGAGGCACAGAGGAUGCAGAGAUUGCAGGAGACGGAGAUGUGGGCCGAGCUCUGUCCCUCAGCCAAAGGUGCUAUCCUCCUUUACAACCGGGUCCAGGCGCGUGACAUCUGAGUUGCCUUGGGGACGCCACCCAGCCCUAUCCACAGCUCUGAGGACAAUAAAGGACUUUAUUCUCGAA